AUGGCACUCAUCAAAUCAAGAACACACUCCCACUUACGCCACUCUUUUUUCCAGCACUUACAAUACACUUUCAGACUCUGUUCUUCUUCACCCCUUCUUUCAAACGAGAAUGACACUCCACAAAACACCAAUUUAUCACCCGAAGAUUCCACCAUAAUCGAGAAAUUUCACACCGUCAUUAAAGACCACUACCGCAAAAACCCUAACCCUAACCCUAAUCCCGUUUCACCCCCACACAAUUUCACCAUACCCGAUCUCACCAUUGAUUUCUCCAAAAUCUCCACCGUCCAUUCAAUUUCCCCCUCCAUCACCCGCCGUGUAAUUGAAAAAUGCGGAAGCGUCCGCCACGGUAUCCCAUUCCUCCAAUCCCUGGCUUUCUUCAACUGGGCCACCACCCUAGAAAACUUCCCCUCCUCUCCGGAGCCCUACAACGAAAUGGUCGAUCUCGCCGGAAAGAUCCGGCACUUCGAUUUAGCAUGGAAUUUGAUCGAUUUGAUGAAAUCUCGUGGCGUCAAAAUAACAUUAAGCACGUUCUCUGUUCUCGUCCGUAGAUACGUGAGGGCUGGAUUGGCUGCGGAGGCGGUGCACGCUUUUAACCGUAUGGAAGACUAUGGUUGUACUCCUGAUAAGGUUUCGUUUUCUAUUGUUAUUAGUAGUUUAUGUAAGAAGAGAAGAGCGAGUGAAGCGCAAACGUUUUUUGAUAGUCUUAAGCAUAAGUUUGAGCCUGAUGUUAUAGUUUAUACUAGCUUAGUUCAUGGUUGGUGUCGCGCUGGUGAUAUAUCGAAAGCCGAGGAGGUUUUUAGUGAUAUGAAGGUGGCUGGUGUGAAGCCGAAUGUUUAUACUUACAGCAUUGUGAUUGAUUCGCUUUGUCGGAGUGGACAAAUCACUCGUGCUCAUGAUGUUUUCUCUGAGAUGAUAGAUGCGGGAUGUGAUCCUAAUGCUGUUACUUUUAAUAGUCUUAUGAGGGUUCAUGUGAAAGCUGGUAGGACGGAGAAGGUUUUGCAGGUUUAUAAUCAAAUGAAGAGACUCGGUUGUGCUGCGGAUACAAUUAGUUACAAUUUCCUCAUUGAGAGUCAUUGUAAGGAUGAGAAUCUUGAUGAAGCUGUGAAGGUUCUUGAUACAAUGGUUAAGAAAGGGGUUGCUCCUAAUGCAUCUACUUUCAAUUCGAUUUUCGGAUGCAUAGCUGAGUUGCAUGAUGUGAAUGGCGCACAUCGGAUGUAUGCUAAAAUGAAGGAACUGAAAUGCUUGCCUAAUACGUUGACUUAUAAUAUACUGAUGAGAAUGUUUGUUGACUCGAAAUCUAUUGAUAUGGUUUUGAAGUUGAAAAAGGACAUGGAUGAGAAUCAAGUUGAACCUAAUGUGAAUACUUACAGGAUUUUGAUUAUGAUGUUUUGUGAAAAGGGGCACUGGAAUAAUGCAUACAAGUUCAUGAAGGAAAUGGUUGAAGAAAAAAGCCUAAAGCCAAAUCUGUUGAUUUAUGAAAUGGUUCUGGAGCAGCUGCGGAAGGCUGGACAGCUCAAAAAGCAUGAAGAGUUGGUGGAGAAGAUGGUUUCUAGGGGAUUCGUCGCUCCUCGCCCUUUGUAG